CUUUUAACGGGUAUCACCAAAGUAUAAACCUUUAAUCAAAUUAUCAUUAUCGUCUAAUUCGCUGUUUUCCAUAUUCGGCUGAGAGAGAGAGAGACUAUGGCUGAGGAACAGAAGAUAACGUUAGACACAGCACCUCCGGCUCCGGCUCCGGCUCCGGCUGAGACUCUUGCUCCAGCUCCGACUCCGGCUCCUGCUCCAGCUCCGGCUCGGGAGAAAACUUCUGAUGACUCCAAAGCCCUUGCCAUUGUUGAGAAACCUGUAGAGCCUGCAGCACCAAAGAAAUCUUCUUCCUCUGGUUCGCAAGAUAGAGAUGUGAAGCUAGCUGAUUUGUCAAAGGAGAAGACAUUGGCUUAUGUCAAAGCAUGGGAAGACAGCGAAAAGAGCAAAGCAGAGCACAAAGCUGAGAAAAAGAUCUCUGAUAUUCUUGCUUGGGAGAACAGCAAGAAAGCAGCUGUUGAAGCUCAGCUCAAGAAAAUCGAGGAGCAACUUGAGAAUAAGAAAGCCGAGUAUGCAGAGAAGAUGAAGAACAAAGUUGCAGCUAUUCACAAAGAAGCAGAAGAGAGGAGAGCCAUGAUUGAAGCUAAGCGUGGAGAAGAUGUUCUCAAAGCUGAAGAGAUGGCUGCUAAAUUCAGAGCCACUGGUAUUGUCCCCAAGGCAACCUGUGGUUGUUUCUGAUCUUUUAAAAUUUGCUUUCAAAUGAGUUUUUCAAACUGUAAAAUGUUAUACAUUUCACUCUUUCUCCUAUUCAAUGGCUUGUAAUCUUUGUUUGUAUAUUGACUUUUUGUGUGAACAUCAGAGUGAAAAAAAAUGUGUUAAUUGUUCA